CCGUUAAAAAGUUAAAAAACAUGGACACCGCCACGUGACCGGGUCUGUGCAAGUACUCAAAGAGUACUGGAGGUUCGUAGGAUGUACCGCGUACAGGUGUUAAGUCGUCGCAUCUACGAAAAUACGAAGUAGUCGCGAAUUUGAAUACGCUAAUCCACAUUAUCACGUGGUGCAAUCAAGUUGUACAAACGCUAACAAGUUCUUGAGCACAUUCACGAACCACCAAAUCUUUUCCCUAUCGUUUUCACUCGCUCGCAAUCAUGGCAGGCGAAUUUUUCUCUUCAUGCAUUAUCUGCAGAACUCCACUAUCUUUUGGUGAGGACGAGGUAUAUGAGAGCGAUGAUGAAGGCUGGAGAAAUAAGUUACAUAACGAUUUCCCCAUCCAUAGUUCUUGUCUAGCUAUUGCUGCCUCUGCCGCCACAAAUCGCAAAAAUGAACUUCUCGAGAAGCUGUGCCGCGAUUCUCUACGUUACGACCUUUUUCCGCUUCUUGAGAUUAUUCCCUGUUCAGCAUCGGACCCUAACCAAAUUUCGAAAAGCCUCGCUCUUGCCCUUGUCGAAAAAGUCAACAAAAGGUGGCAGAAAAUGCUUCCACCAGAAAUUUGUACAUAUAUCGCCCACGAACUGACGAUCCCUCAACUCGGAACAAAUUCACCUAUUCCUACAUUGUGGUCUAUUUAUACAAAGAUACAACAUUAAAGUAAUCUAACAACAAUACUUCGGAACGUUAAGAUAUUACUUUCGUGGCAGACUGUUGAGUUCUUCGGCUCUCGGAUACAAAAAUUGCCGGAAGAAGCGCGUCUUGUUCUUUGUGACGAACUUAGAGAUCCCGAUACGCACGCCCUUAUAGUUCAGGAUAUUGCGACAGUUGCUGUUGAGGGAUUGCCGAAGCGGAUUGCCCUCCACUUUAACUUAGCAUUAGAACGGAAAUAUCUCAGCGGUAUCACGGUCAAUGGCAAGACCAUUGGAUACAAAGGUACAUCAGAAAUGACUCUUGAAGUCACCAAGGGAUCGCAAGGACUGGUUUUAGCAUUUGAUCAAUGGGGUGUUCAAGAUGGGAGAAUUACAGAUAGAGCGACAUUAUCCUCUUCGCGUGAAGAGACUGCAUAUGCAGCUCUCUACUGGCCGGAGAAUUUAACUAGGACUACGGUAAUAGCCACAUUUGAUGUACGUACUUGACCCUCUAUAACUGCAUAUGGACCUAAUUGAGUAGUCUUGUAAAUGCAUUGGUAUAGGCAUUCAAGGAGGGCAUAUCUGGACCUCAAGAUCUAUUUCGAACCUUAUUCAAUCUCCUAGGCCACUCAUCGACUGUUCUAUCUCUCGGAAAUACCAAGCCAAUUGGUGUCUUCGGAGUUUUAAUUGCAUUAUUUCCGAUAUUCAAUUAUCUACGAACCCAAAGAAUUUAGCUAUAGAUCAAAUCAGCUUCAAAGCCAUUGAUGGGUCUGUGAGGAGUAUUGGCCGGCAUAUUUCUUCCCACCUUCAGUUAUCAUUUCCUCUUUCGUGCAAGUUUGGUGAGGCACUAUCACAAAUUCGAGUGUGUCACAGUUCAGAGAAAAGUUUUAUUACAAUACAAGUAAGUAAACUCAAUAUAAUAUACCAUAAACUAUUAAAAAAGUCUAGUUUGUAACGAGUUUUAACCGAGUAAUUAUGGUUGGGAAUGUUCCUGAGAAUGCUCUUUGGAGCAGUGUGGACUGGCCAUCUUCAAUAUAUGCUACAUACGAGGUAAGUGACCGUUAUCUGCAGAUUGACCAGAUUUAUUUAUGAUUUUAGUUUAACAAGACUGGAUUCUGUCUUUUCGGAAUUGAUAGCCAGCUGCCGUUAAUUACAUCUACAGGAACCUCGCGAUCGGAUUUCUCGGUUCCUUCAACCCUACCACCUACCCACUAUGCCACAGCUUCUCGAUUUGACAGAACAAUAACUUUGGUACAGGCGCCUUUGUACCAGGUUACUUGUUUAAAAGUCUUCCAACAUCACACCCCGCAUAUGUUAAGGUCGGGCGCUUAUGUCUCGUAUAUUUGUGGGAUUCAAUUGUUCUAUGCCAAUGGGUUGUCCAUUAUAUUGGGCCAAUUGGGGGAGGGGUCUAAGAUACAAGUCGCUUCUACAAUUACAGAACUGAAAGUCUGGAUCUUCCAAGAUGAGGAAUAUGUGCAAAUCAGAGGGUUAGAAUUCCAUUUCGGGACAGGAGCAGAUUUUCAAGCAGUAGGCGAGAGGCAUAGCAUUGAAACCAAGAAUUUACAAGAAUUUACAAGAAAUUGUAAGUAAUGAAGGAGUCAAAGAGGAAAUGACACUAAUCGGAAAUCCUAGGAGAUAAUAGAAUGGGCUACAGGAAACAUGCUCUCUGAUGUUACAGGUCUGUCAAGGCACUGCCUUCAAGAAAUCCCUCUUGAACACACCACUGCGAUCUAGCUCAACCUUUCAGAGGGAGAUUGGACAGACACACGACGAAGUUGAUUAG